AUGAUGAUAAGUAGCAAGCGUAAUAAUAAUAAUAGUAAUAUAUCAGAGCAAUUGAAAAAGUUUAUUUUUACUUUAGACUAUGAAUUGAAUAGUGUUCUGUAUAAUAAUGAGUUUUUAAAUAUCCGAUUAAAAGAACAGCAUACAGUUUUAAGGGAUCAAAUAUUGGAACAAAUUAGUGGUUUAUCAAUUUCUUCAAACAAAUCAUGCAUUAAUGAACACAUUGAACCAAUACUUCCUAUUAUAUGGAAUAGAUAUCAAUCAUUAUGCAUUGAAUGGUUUUAUAAAUGGAAGCAAUUAUUAAAGGAAACAUCUAACAUAUCUGCCAAAGGAAGGUCUCACAAUAAUCGUAAAGGUAAUAUUACUGUUGAGUUCCGUAUUAUGAAAUCAAAAUUAUCUAAGUUAAUGAAGAUUUUCCAUAGAUUUUAUUAUCAGAUUUUAGAAUAUAUUAUAUGCUAUUUUGAUACAUCGUUAGUGAUAUCAACACAGGUAACUAGUGGUUUAAAUUUAGGAAAUCAUAUUCAGAAAUUAUCUCAUUUAGCUAAAAAUCGUUAUUUGUUGCAAACUACAGAUAAGGGAACAGUUCAUGUGGUAUUGUCAUUUUAUUAUUGUCUACUAUAUCUAGGUAAGAUACGGUACCACCAAACAAUAUUAGAAGAUCCACUCCAUAUAAAGUAUAAAAGGAAUAAGCAUGUUGAAUUACUGAAGACUAAUGAUAUUUUCCAAAAGGCUAAAAGAUACUGGAUUAUGGCGACAAUUGUAGUGCCAUCCAUGGAUGAGAGUUAUAAGCAACUAUCUAAAGUAUUUUUACAUUGUAAUAAUUAUUCAAAGGCAAUAUUUUAUCAUGUAAGAUGUUAUUUUGCCAGGUCUAAUAGUUCAAAAGCAAAUAGUUAUAAUGAUAUUAUAGAUUUUUUCAAAGAAAGAUAUUGGAGAAGAGAGAAUAGACAAUUUGAAAAAAUGGAUAAUAUUGAAUAUGACCUUGUGAGUAGUACUAUGGAAAUUAUUAGAUACUAUCUUUUACUAAAUAAUUCAAAAUUUAAUCAAACAAACAACUCAAUUGACGAGAAUGGAGAAAUUUUAGAGCUGAAAUCUAAUAUUUUAUUAAAACUGCAAGAUCCUCAAGUGUUCAUGUAUCAUGAAUUUUGGAUUGACAUAAUUAUUACUAUGAUCGGAAUAUCAACAUUAAUUAUGGAAAAUAGCAAUGCUAAUGAUAAAAAGUCACUAUCAGCGGUUUCUUCUUUUGUUCAUUGGAAUGAGAGAAUUCAUAAAUUGUUUAUAAGAUUUGUAUUCGAUAUUUUAUUCCACAUUAUAACAUAUAUUAAUAAAAUGAUAUCCUAUGAUGAAAUUGAUAUAAAUAGAAUUGAUCCAUUUUUAACUAUUUUAAGAGUUAUGAAUUGUUGGAUAAAAUCACACAUUCCUGUUUUAAGGUUUGCACAUAGAUAUUUACCCAUUUGCCACAUAAUAUCUGAAUUUAUUAAUCAAAUUAAUAAAUCUUCCAGAUACAGUUGGAUUUCAUAUAAAAAUGAAAAACCUAAAAGAUCAUAUCUAUUUAUGGAUGAUGUUUUAUUACGGGACUUCACAUGUAUUGGUUAUAGCUUAACUGAUUUCAACGAUACAGAAGUGUUUCAUAUGGAUAACUUUAUUAAUAGAUUAACAGGCAAUGCACCAAGGACGUGUCUUUUAAGUAAGGAACAAGAAACUGAAUUAAAAUUGAUAGCAAUUGUAACGUCAAUGAAACGGUUUUUACACCAUAAUAAAUGUGGAACUACAAUAAAAUUGCAAGAAGAAGAAACAGUGAAGGAAAAGACAAAGAAUAAUUACUGGUGA